CAUCUUGUGAACCCGAUUCUCUCAGACCGAACCUGUUCUUGACAACCUCAAAAGAAAUUACCUUUUUUUCUGUGUUUCAUUCAUUAUCCCGUCAAUUUUUUGUUUGCCGCCCGCCCCCUGUUGUAAAAUUUCUCCGAUCUAGGGCUUCCCACAAUUUAGAUACCAUUUUGUACAAGCUACAUAGCUCAUUUCGGUUUUCUUAUUUGAAACUUUACGUCAGAUCGAAAAGGGUUGAUCCGUUUGAAGAAGAAGUUGAGAGAUUUAAAUUGGUAUCUUGAUUUAAAGCCUUUUUAUGUUACAUCUCAAACGGAUUUGAAGGUUAAGUCACCGGUUUAUUAAGGGCGGAGGAAGAGGAGAGAUUCUCUUGCUCUUGUUGAUAUAAACUGGAGGAGUUCUUGAUGCUGCCAUCAUUGAUUAACUGCUUCUUUCAUUUUGCUGAGUGGCAUCCAGUUCAAUACUGAUUUUUUUGUUUUGUUUUGGGCGCUUGAAUGUAAAAUUAGGUUUUGAUUUCAUGUUGAACAAUAAAUUUUCUUUAGCAAGAAUAACCCAGAUGGGCUGUUGUAGUUGUUUUGGAUUUGCAUUUGAGAGUGAACCGAAAAAUGUCUCAAGAACAACAGCACCACGCAGAGACAAUUACAAUCCCCAUGACUAUUAUAGGCUAGACAAAAACUUUGAAGAGGAAGAAGAAGAUGAAGAUGAUGAUGAUGAUGAUGAUGAAGAAAAAGAUGAUGAUUUUUCUUAUAAUGGAAAUAUAACUGAUUCUGGAUAUGGAGAUGAUCUUGAUAUAAAGAGCCCGACUAAACGUUCUGAAGAGAUUCUUACAUAUAGGAUAGAAAAUGGAUUGAUUUGUCGCCAAUUUCCUGUUAAGAAGACUACUAAACUUGUUCGCUCUGAGGAUGAAUUUGGUAACAAGCUUGUCAAUGAAUAUGUUCGUGAAUAUAAGAUUGGUGCUGGAAGCUAUGGGAAAGUGGUUCUUUACCGAAGCAGUAUUGAUGGGAAGCAUUAUGCAAUCAAGGCAUUUCACAAGUCGUAUUUGUCAAAACUGCGAGUGGCACCUUGCGAAACUGCCAUGACAGACGUGUUAAGAGAGGUAUUAAUAAUGAAGAUGUUGGAACAUCCUAAUAUUGUUCAUCUGUUUGAGGUUAUAGAUGAUCCAACAAUGGACCAUUUCUAUAUGGUUCUUGAAUAUGUAGAAGGUAAAUGGGUUUGCGAGGGUUCUGGUCCACCCGGGGGCAUGGGAGAAAACAAAGUACGCAAGUAUUUGCGUGAUAUCGUUUCUGGAUUGAUCUACCUACAUGCUCAUAAUAUUGUGCAUGGUGAUAUAAAGCCCGAUAAUCUCCUGGUCACUGCUUCCGGGAAUGUUAAGAUUGGGGAUUUCAGCGUCAGCCAAGUCUUUGAGGAUGAAAAUGACGAGCUUCGUCGUUCCCCAGGAACGCCUGUUUUUACUGCACCCGAGUGUUGUUUAGGUAUAACAUACCAUGGAAAGACUGCUGAUACGUGGGCAGUUGGAGUUACAUUAUACUGUAUGAUAUUUGGAAAGUAUCCGUUUCUUGCAGAGACUUUGCAGGAUACUUAUGACAAGAUUGUUAAUGAUGUUUUAGUGUUUCCUACAAAUAUGAACCCUUUAUUGAAGAACUUGUUAGAAGGAAUUCUCUGCAAAGAUCCGGAUAAGAGGAUGACAUUGGCGAUUGUGGCUGAGCACCCGUGGGUGAUUGGCGAGUAUGGACCAAUUCCGCAGUAUCUUUGCUGGUGUAAGCGGAAGCGAUAGACAUAAUAAUAGUGAAAGGAUUUUAAUUCAUUGAUUGAUAGAUUGUGAUGAAUUUUGCUUCAAAAGAUUUAUUAGUUUAAACCAAUUUCAUUUUAGUUUGGUUUUGAUUUGACAA